AUCUAUAAAUUGUAAGCUCAAGUCCAACUGAUCAACCCAAAUUCCUGAAACGGAAAUCCAAUUCUGAAGGCAAACCCUUCCCAAAUUCCAAUUCCAUCCAGGCUUCUUCAGUUAAGAUAAGCACGGCGCAGUUUGGCGCGCAGAUAGAAGUGAAGCUCGAGUGGAGCGAUGGCGUUAGAGCGUGCUGCGGUAGCAGCGUGUUCAACAAAAAGCUCUUUGCUCUUUGUACCUCAAAACCCUCUCACCAACUCUCCGAUUCCCUCUGUUUCUUCCACCUCCAAAACCAACCGGAUACGCUUCGCUCAGCGCCAAUUGAAAUGCUCAGUGGAGUACAACCGAGACCACUACAACGACAACAACCAAGGGGCAGUGGCUGUGGCGUACCCUAAACCGGCUGAGAUACCAUGGAAGAAGGAGCUCUGCAAUACGGUGCACCUCAUCGGCGUCGUCGGCGUUCCCGUGGAAAUCAGGCAUAUACCCUCCUCCGGCAAGGUCCUCGCCUGGACCCGCCUCGCCGUCAAGAAGUCCCCCACUAACACCUCCUGGAUCAGUCUGACAUUUUGGGAUGAGCUGGCCCAUGUUGCUUUUGAACAUGUACAGAAAGGGCAGCAAAUAUAUGUUUCUGGACGGCUGGUUUCGGAUACAGUUGAGAAUGAUGAGGGAAAACAACAGACCUACUACAAGGUAGUUGUCCAACAACUGAAUUUUGUUGAAAAGAACUUCUCUUCAGUGGCCUCAUAUGAUCGUGACUCUGAUACCUUGACGGCGGGCAAAAAGCUUGGGAAUAAUGCUGGAAAUGGUUCGGACACUACUGAAGAAUUAUGGCAAGCCUUUUUUGCUAAUCCUUUGGAGUGGUGGGAUAAUAGGAGGACGAAGAGGAACCCAAAAUAUCCAGACUUUAAGCAUAAAGAUACUGGAGAAGCCCUGUGGAUUGAAGGCAGGUACAAUCCGCCAUGGGUGAAGGCCCAACUUGCAAUAUUAGAUGCGAGAAUGGGUUCCUUUAAUGAUCAGGAUAACAGGAUGCAUGCAAAUUUAGUGCCUGGUGAUAGUUUUAUGCCUUUCUGAAUGAUAAUAAUGCUCCUUUUUACCUACCUAUGUCAAUGGGGUAAUUUGUUUGUAUAGUUAUAGCUUAAGAUUCUUAAUAGGCUUUCGUUUCUUUUGUUUGUAGUUCUAGUGCAGAAUUUAUUGGUGCGCAAGUUAUGAACUCCUUUUUACUUUUUGCUUUCAAUUGUAAGUGAAACUUGAUGGACCAAUAUGCAAUGUUUAAAAAAUAUAAAAAAUUUGAUGGUUCAGAAUCA